GCAAACCAGAAACAGCAGAUACCGAGGAGUAGCUCAGAAGAAAGCCAGGCAGGAGCUGCCCCGUGAAGUCAGUCAGGCUGCCGGCACUGUCCACACAGAACAUCGCCAUUUCACCACCACUGGCCACGGGAACAACACUCCGAAAUACAGAAUGGCGGUGGAUAUCUAUGACUCUCAGUACCUCCUCAUUCUCGCCCCUUCUCUGGUCAUCGCCCUCAUGUUCCUCUUCUUCUGGCUCUUCAUGAAGGAGACAUCCUACGAUGAGGUUCUGGCCAGGCAGAAACGCGACCUCAAGCUACCACCGUCCAAGCCAGACACCCGUAAGAAGAAUGACAAGAAGAAGAGCAAGAAGAAGGAGAGUACCAGUGGUGGAGGCAGUGGAGGUGGUGGAGGAGAGUCAGAAGAGGAUCUGCGGGACUUUGAUAUUGUUGAUGGAGCCAACAGUUCCACUCCGGAAGUAGAGGAGGAACCGGCACCUGUGAUUAUACCAGAGCCUGCUCCACCAACACCUACUCAUGUCCCUGUUCUGGUGUCAACUGAGCCUCCUGCAGGUCUGAGGGAGAGAAAGAAGAAGGAGAAAAAGGCUGCCCGGCUUGCAGCAGCCACAGCUACAGCCACAGCUACAGCCAUUGCUGCAGCUACAGCUCCUCCCUCAGAGGAGCCAGAGGUAAAUGGCUCCAAGCUGGUUAGCUGCAAAGCAGAGCCUCCUCUGGCUGCAAGCAAACAGUCAGGCCCACCCUCUCCCCAAAUUGAGGUCCAGAUCCAACCUGCCCAAGCGCCUGUUCAGGCUCAGACACCUCCCCAGACCUCUGGGAAGAAAAAGGACAAGAAGAAGCAAAAAGCAGAAACUGUGGAUGACCGGCAGCCAGAAGUGAAAGCAGAGCAGGCUCCAGCACCAGUCAAAAAGGAUGCUCCUGUUGUGACUGAAACCAAAGUUUUGGACAGUGUAGCCCCAAGUGUUACUGCUGGCAAGAAAAAGAACUCUGCCAAAAAGCAAAAGACAGAGCCUGUAGAGGAACCUCGCGUUGUGGCUGACACAGCACCCUCAGCCAACCACCAGGCGACUCAGAAUGACAAUGUACCAGCUAAAGGGUCUGGCAAGAAGCAGAAGAAUGUGACUGACAAGGAGAACACGGAGGUGAAGCUGAAGGGACUGCUGUCUAGUCUGUCCAGCCUGGCUCUGACGGAAGCUGAGGCUGUCAGUGUGAUGACCCUCCUGCGAGAGAAGAGUCCCAGUGCGUUGGAUGCCUGGCAAAAGGCUGCUGCCAGGCCUGAUCCUGCUGCCCAGGAAAGAGAACGUCUCUUUACAACUCUUCAGGAGGAGGCCUCUAUUGCCAAGGACAAAGUGAAACAGCUCAGCCAGGAGCUUCAGGUGGAGAAGCAAAAGACGGGGAGGGUGGAGGCCAUGAUGAGGGAGCAACGUGCAGCCAUGGAGAAGGAACUGGGGAGCAUGCAGGGCAAGGCACAGGGCAGCUACCAGGAGCUCCAGACCAUGCAGAUGAAGUUCCAGCAGAUGAGGGAGCAGAUGGAAAGCCAGCUCAAUCGACUGCAGCAGGAGAACGGCAUCCUGAGGGACGCGGUCAGCUCUGCCACCAACCAGAUGGAAAGCAAGAAUUCAGCCGAGUUGAACAAGCUACGUUCCGAAUACACCGGUCUGAUGAAAGAGUUGGCAGAUGGCAACAGCAAGCUGCAGCAAGAGGAGCACCAGAGGAAGUCACUGGAGGUCAGCUACAAGCAGAAUGUGUCCCAGCUGGAGGCCCAACUGCAGGAUGCAAAGCGACGCUGGGAAGAACUGCAGAACUUCCUCCACAGUGUCAAUGCUGAGAGAGAGAAGCUUCAGGCCUCUAAACAAGAGCUCCACAGCCAGCUUCUGGCAGCCGAGACAGAGAUGAACAACAAGAACAAGGAGUUGCAGACCCUCCACAGCAGCCUAACAGAAGCCAUGGUCUCCAAGGAGCGCCUGGAGCAGAGAGUGAUGGAGCUGAUGGAGAUGUCACAGCACAGUCGGCCAGACGAGUCACUGCAGGCUCAGGUUCAGGAACUUGUUAAAGAAAACAAAGGUCUUCAGGUCCACAACGAGACACUCAAAGUCCAGAAUGAGAGUAUGCAAGCCCAAGUCUCUUCACAGGUCACCCAUGUCUCCCAUAUUGAGGAGCUACAGAAACUAUUAUCUGAGAAGGAGUUGCAGAGGAAAAGUUUGGAGGAUUCCCUGAAUGCAGAGAGGAGCAGUGGGGCCAGUAGAGAAUCUGACAUGCAGGCUUUGCACAAUGACAACAUGUCACUAAAGGCAGAGAUUCAGAAUCUGCAGGCACAGAUUUCAGAUCAGACUGCCUCUCAGCUGGCUUUGGAUCAGUUCCAAAAGAGUGUCCGGGAAAAGGAAGAGAACAUGAAAACUGUAGAGGGCCUGUUGGAGAAGGGGCUGAUUGAAGUGGCCAACAAGGAGGAAGAGCUCAAGGUUGUAAGACAAGAGAAUGAGGCAAUAAAACAAGAAGUAGAGGAACUUAAGAGAAAGACGGCAGAACAGGCAUCAUCACAGACAAUAGUGGAGGAACUCCAGAGCAAGAUUCAAGAGAAAGACGUCAAGCUAAAGUCAAUGGAGGAGAGUCUACAGACGGCACAAGGCAGCAUCUCUGCCAGAGAAGAGACAGUUGGGGCUCUGGAGCAGCAGUUGGCCCUGCAGGCGAACGUGGAGCAGCUGAGACAGAAGGAGAUGUCAGAAGAGCUGAGCGGCUCUGCUUCUCGCCUUCAAGAGCUCCAGGCUCAACUUGCAGAGAAGGACCAGGGGAUCCAGACGCUGCAGGCUGAGUUGGAGGCACGGACUAAGGAGUUGACUGAGAAAAUGGAGCAGGUGCUACAACAGCAAUCGCACACAGUGGUUCCAAACCCAGAGUUUCUUGCAGUGCUGUCUGAGAAGGAGAAGCAGGCGGUGGAUCUACGAGCUGAGGUGGCUGAGCUGAGGGACUCCGUGGAGCUCCAUAGGAAAAAGAAUAAUGAGCUUCGGGAGAAAAACUGGAGUGCAAUGGAAGCUCUGUCAGCCACCGAGUCCAUGCUACAAGGAAAACUCAGCAAAGCUGUCAAGGAGAACCAGGCAGCACUGGCAGUGACUCAGGCUGAGUGUCGAGAUGUUCUGCACAGACUUCUGCCCCAUGUGCCUCUGCCCACUGAACAGAACCACCAGGAGUGGCUCCACAGGUUUGAAAGGGCAGUAGCUGAGAACCCCUCCACCCCUGCAUCAGGGGACUCUGAGGGACUGGCUGAGAAGCUAAAAGAAGCCGAAGAAACGCAAAAGAUCUUACAGAAAGACUGUGAGACGUACAAGAAGGUUUUGGCAGAGACGGAGGGCAUCCUGCAGCGUCUGCAGAACAGUGUGGAGCAGGAGGAGUCUCGCUGGAGAGUGAAGCUGGAGGUGGCACAGGGAGAGCUCAAAGACAUGAGCCAGAAAGUCACAGCUCUGGAGCAGGAGAUUGAGAGAAUAAAUGAAAGUGAUGGAGCAGAGUUGGAAAAUUUGAGACGAGAAAAGCAGCAUUUGGAGUCCGAGUUGGAGAGGGCAGAGCGUGAGAGCGCCACCUAUGUGACAGAGGUCAGAGAGCUCAAAGAUCUGUUGACUGAAUUGCAGACCAGACUUGAUGGCUCAUAUACAGAGGCUAUGAGACAGAAUGAGGAGCUGGAUUUGCUGAAAACCCAGCUCAGUGCGACUCUGUCCAAGCUGGAGGCAGACGAGCACGAGAGGCAAAACGUGGCUGGCGAUUUGUACAAGGCCCAACAGUCUCUUGACCUGAUUCAGGGGGAACUCUCAAAUGUGACGGACAAUACUGCUGACCUGAUUGAGAAUAGCAGCCUGUCAUCACAGAGUGAGGAGACUGACAGGAAGGAGAAGAUGACUGCAGGACUGAACCAAACAGUCAGAGAACUGCAGCAGCUGCUACAGGGUGUCAGCCAGAAACUCGCCAAGGGACAGGAAGGGAAGGCUGACAAAGAUCUACCCAUGGUAUAGUGAGAGGAGGAGAGACUCCAUGCAGCCACUCUGACUGCACUACAGCGACCACCUUUGACCUUUGGUCAUAUCACUACCACCAUUACACCCUACGAUCACACCCAGCCACCUCCUCCAACCAACCUCUGUCAAUUCAUCUGUACUGUAGGCAGCCUUCAACAGUCUCUGGUGGAAGUGCGGACGGCAAACCGGUCCCAGACUUACUGUUGGCUGAAAGGGAGCAGGCAGAGUUUACGGUUAUUUCCAAACACUCCAGGCACUGUACCAAAACGCAUACUACUCCUCUCCCACCACAUUCCUCUUCUUCAGCACCAUAGCCAGUUAAUUUUUAUUCUAAACUUAAAAUGACAUCCUGCAUAAUUAAGACUGCUUGGCAAUCAUUCCUGUUUAAAACACCUGUAUUUUUCAAUGAAAUCGUUGUUGAAUCCUGCAGUAGUUUUUGUUCGUCCCAAGACGACAGUGAUACAAAUUUCCAGCUUGACUUAAACUUUGGUUUUCAGUUCUUCUCAUUUUUCUUUUUUUAACUUAAAGAUAUGUCUUGUUUAAAUGUUCCGUUAGGACCUGCUGAAAUACAUGUAGUUGUUGAUCCGUUUGCCUACUGAUCAAAAACCUUCAAAACCUGUGCAUCAUCAUCAUGCAUUCAUAAAUCCAUCGCUCCAUGCAUAGUUUGGCUCAGUAUUGGGUGGGAGAACAGUAGGUGUCUCGGCAUAUCAGAUGGGUCACUACAUGACUGUAACUGUGGAGAUGCAUGGACAAACUGUAGUCCAAUCUGUACUGCAGUUCCAUAACGACUGUAGUGUGGGGCCCUGGCUGUGAAAAGAGAAGUCCAGCGCAACAGUGUAGAAGUUUUUAAAUCCGACUUCAACUACUAUAAUAUGCAUCCCAUAUCAUCUGUAAUCGACACUCACUAUGUUAUUACUCUGUGCAUUAACACUGAAGAUUUUGUUCUUUUUGUAACAGGUGAUGUUAAUAAAAGGGAUGCUUGGUAAAUCUC